GUUACCAGCGCUACAUCCUGUGAAAUUGAGAGUGCUCAAACUCUAGACUUCACAUGCUCCAAACCUUGGAGCUAUUUCCCAAUUUCACACCCCCCCGUUAUUGUUUUUUUAAAAGCUCUCAAGAAAAAGUUAAAUACAGGAAUUGAAUUCUAAGCACCAGAGCUCAUAUGGAUCAGAAAUAAGCAAAUGAUGAAUGGGAGCAGCAUACUGACCCAGAAACACAGGAUACUUACAAAAAUAACUUACAGCUAUGCAGAACAACUCCAACAGUAAUAGUAAUUUAGGAGUUUCGGACAUAGAAUUGAACCCUAAAGAUGCUGAGGACAAUGAACAAAGUACAUACAACUUUGUUGAAGUGCUGCCUCCAGAACUUACUUGUAAAAUUUUCAGUCUGCUGGACAUUCAGAGUUUCUUCAGAGCUUCACAGACAUGCCACAGGUGGAAUGAAAUCAUAAGAAACACUGAUUUUUUAUGGAAAUCUCAUUGCUUAAUAUUGGUGGAUCAAAAAGACAGAGAUAAUAAUAGACAAAAUGGUUAUUCCUGGAGGGAUAUACUACUGAUGACUAAAGUGAAGAAUGAAUGGAAAAAUGGCAAAUACAGCAACUACACUCCUGAUAGCCAAUUAGAAAAUAUCAUGUGCCCGAUGGAUGCAGAUACAUGGGGGGAAAUUUUUGAAGCAGAAUGUCAAAGACAAUAGGAAAAAAUCACAAACAAAUUUUGUGACUUCAAGAAUUUAAAACUAAGAACUCUCAGUUUACAACAGUACAUCUGUUCAUUUUUUUAA